UACUUGGACCAGUACAUGUCCAGCAACUGUGUAGAAACCCGUGUACUCCUUUAUAAAGCGUGCCAUCUGUAAUUGUCUUGUACAAUGAUUAACUGUAACAAUAACUGUGUGUAAUGCAUGAUCGCAGAGCUGUCUAUUCGUCAACCACAACACAUUCAUUAACCAGGUCAAUCAAUCCGUUCAUUAAAAUCUCUUGGAUUCAACAUAUCCCGCUUAUUACCACACCCUUCAUUUCAUAAAGUUUUCAUGGGUUCAAUCCUGUCCCGCAAUUCAGAUUGGUAUAUCCCACUCGUAGUAUUUCCUAUAUGCUAUCUGAUAAACAAACUUGUUUCUUCCUUGCUGAAUUAGCCCCCUUGCAAAUGAUAUAUUUGUUCCAUUUUACCAGUAGCAGCUUUGUUCGGUAACGUGGCUACUGAUUUGCUUUUGUGAAUAUUUUAAUUCCGGGUUGGUAGCCAUUAAUCUUUGAUUAAUAAUUUAACAAAGCUAUUUCUAAAUUUCAAAGAUUGUGGGCUGUCACCUAAUCAGCAUAUAUACACAAUUGAUAUCUAAAUAAUUCGUUUAUAAGUGUGUCAACUGUCACUAUAUGAUGAUUUUAGCAGCGCAGAUUUUUAACACCUAUAGUGUUCCAAACGUAUUUUGUUGAUCCCAAUUUUGAUGAUCCCAGAUUGAACACUGAAUGAAAACAUUUUUUUCUCGGGCCAUCGCAACGGAAUCAAUUUGUACUAAGAACUAUUUUUGGGAAGUCCGUUAGUUGACCUUACAAGUGCACGCAUAUAGGACAAUAAAAAUGUGUAUCAAGUUACAUUUGUUUAACGAUAUGUGUCCUACGAGAACUUGUUACUACUCAGCCUAAUCAAUUACAAUAUUCCAAACCGGGUGUUAAAUAUGUUUAGACCUGACAACAUAAAAUCUUUCUAAACUUUAAAGUUCUAGGCACUAAUUAUACAGCCUAUCAAUUGUACCAUGUUUUUCAGUGUUCGAUCAGGAUUGUCAUCUCAAGUGUGGGUCAAUAGAAUAAGCCAAACUCUAAUCGCAAAUAUAGCUCUAUCUCCGUUUGAAGCUUAAUCCAAUUUAUCUAUCUCCCAUUAAUACAUGGUAUUUGCAUGUUAUUUACAGCACAUUUUGCAGCACUUAGUACAAUGACAGAAGCAGACUCGAGUAGAUUACCCCAGACUGGGUCGGUAACGGUUAAGGUUCUUAUACCCAACUAUCUCGCAGGAGCCCUCAUAGGUAAGGGCGGGGAAGAGCUCAACAUAAUCCGAAAACAAACAGGUGGAAUUAUCAAGUUGUCUCAGAAUAAGGCCUAUUAUCCGGGUACCGAUGAGAGGGUGGUCCUCAUUAAGGGGAGGCCGGACUCUGCUUUUGCCCUGCUAAAACUCGUUCAUAGUAAGAUCAGGACGAGGAAAGCUCCUCCCAUAAUAAACGGUAGACCGUUUAAUGAGAUCAGGUUGCAGCAAAUGAAGCUCAUCAUAGCCAACUCCACCGCUGGUAAGGUUAUUGGAACCGGGGGAGAGGUGAUAAAGAUGAUCCAGCAGGAACACAACGUCAAACUUUUCAUCACCAACGUGGAUAACCCCAAAGAGAAGCGGAUCCAGAACGAAAGAAUCUGCACUGUUAAAGGAGAUGAGCUCUCAGUCAACAGGUGCAUGAUUGAUCUGGUAGAAAGGAUAGCAGCUGAUGAGAUGGCUGAUUUGGACACUAACAUAGACUAUCCUAAGUGCGAGGACGGAGACGUGAUCUUCGGAAUGGAGAGGCCAGUAUUCAUGCCCGGUCUGGGAAUGGGCAUCUCCAUGCCUGGUAUGGCCGGUAUUUCUUCCUUGGGUCCUUCCUACGAGGACUUGUUCAUGCUGCAAGAACAAACCAAAGCUCUUCAAGCAAUGUCAGGGUUAUCACAAGGUCAUGGCGGUGUGUUACAGGUUAACCCUCUAGCCGCGGGUAUUCAGGGCAUGUCCUCAGUGAAUGGAGGACUCAUGGGAUCUCAACCUGGUUUGCAGUUAAUGAUGGAUCCGUAUAAAAGAUUACUCGGACAGAAGCAGGAUAUGGAGAUCCUGACUCCCGAGAUGGCAAUGAUGAAAGACUUCAGUGGGAAUAUGGUGGUGGACCAGUACGCAGAUCCGUGGCCUAAACAACAGCAGAACCAGCUCCAGUCCCUUCUCUUACAGAACCCAACACUGGCAGCCCAGCAGGUUGCAGCCAAACAACAGGCCGAACAGUACACUCAGGCUCCCCAGGAGCAAUUCCUCAUCCCAAACUCUUUGACUGGGUCUGUGCAACUAGGUCUUGGUAAAAGGUUCACCCAGGCCACCCCUACAUCUGCUCAGCUGCUCAUGAGUUGAUCAACAGAGCCAACGGACUUACCACCUCAGGAAUCUAUCAGUCACCUCUCAUGUCCCACGUGGCUACGUCCAAUUCUAUAGCUGCACAAACAGCAGCAAUACAGCAAGCUGCCCAGAAUGCUGCUAUCCAGCAACAGAUUCAGCUACAGGCACUGCAGCAACAGACUCAGCCGAACCCCCUCAUUCAACAGCAGAACUCAUCCCUCCAGGCGCUCCAGGACGCUCAGCUUCAAGUCCAGGCUCAGGCAGCUCAGAUCCAAGCUCUACAGGCCCAAUCAAACCAGCUCCACAGUAACAAUGUGGCCCAAGCUCAGCUUCACGCCCAAGUACAGGCCCAGCUGAUGAUGAACCAGCAGAACGCAGCCGUGCACGGUCAUCACAGCAGCAAGAAGCAGAGGUAUCAUCCGUAUGGGAUCCCACCCCCUCCUCCACCUCCCUCUGCUGUAGAAGCAGCUCCCAUGCCCCCUAAACAGGUUUCUGUAGCUCCUCAGGUGCAAGCUCCCCCAACACCCUCAGUGGCUCCCACCAUCUCACAGCCGGCUACUGCCGCCGCAAGCAGCUAGGCUUUUCUCGUCUUCAGCGAUCCAGACUAGAUAUGAGAUCACCGCGUUGCUUAGCAACCGUAACACGUAAGAAGAAAGACACCCUCUAAUCUACCCAGUCAAAGAUCCUUAGGUCUAGGAGUUGUUGUUAGGUCAUUAAUCCGAGAUUUGUAAAAUAGACACACGUCAAGUGUUGCGCGAGAAUAGUUGGUCGGGCGAUCGAGAGCAUCGCUAGUUUGCAGAGGGUUGAAACUGAAAGAGAAUUGGAAAAUUUGUUUGUUUUAUUUGUAAAUUUAUUUGUUUAUGUUGAAAUUAUUAUAUCUUCGAAUGACUGGAAUGUUAUUAUUUAUAUAUUCUGAUCAAUAGAAGAGUAUCUAUUGUAAAA